GAAGCAGUAGCUUAGAAGCCCCUCACCGACUGAGUUGCCUGCUAUUUGUCGCCAUGAACACGUCGACCACAAGCGCCAUCGGAUGGUUAAUAUUCAUCCCACUGAUCCUGAUGCAGCAGGACCCUCAAACGGCAAACUGGUCGGCUCAAAUCGCCCUGGAGCUUCAGGAGCAGCCGGACAAGUUGGCCUAUUGCCGUUCCCUUCAGCAACAGAAUCUGCGCAUCCCGCUCCAAAUCACUGGAUGUGCCCCCAUUCUGAGUAACCAGCUUGCCGUGACAGGUGAAAUGCUACUCGAGAUUCAAAAGCGCUGCUGGGCCGGAUGGGGACUCCUGGCAGGACGAUGCCGCAAGUUGGCCUAGACUUUAAGGUGCUCAAGAGGUGGUGAUUCGAUAUCCCAAACCUUGAAACUGACUGAAAUAAAGAACACAAUGGCAGGCGGCAUAUGUAUAUUGUA